AUGUCACCAGCCAUUACCAAAUUUAAUGUCCAGAGAAAGGUCGAACUGGCCGAAGACACACGAACACAGCACAACUCUUACAGCACCUUACACAGCACAACUCUUACAGCACACGAACACAGCACAACUCUUACAGCAACACAGCACAACUCUUACAGCACACGAACACAGCACAACUCUACAACACACGAACACAGAGCACACAGCACAACUCUUACAGCACACAAACACAGCACAACUCUUACAGCACCUACACAGCACAACUCUUACACCACACGAACACAGCACAACUCUUACAGCACACGUACACAGCACAACUCUUACAGCACACGAACACAGCACAACUCUUACAGCACCUUACACAGCACAACUUUACAGCACACGAACACAGCACAACUCUUACACCACACGAACACAGCACAACUCUUACAGUACACGUACACAGCACAACUCUUACAGCACACGUACACAACACAACUCUUACAGCACACGUACACAGCACAACUCUUACAGCACACGUACACAACACAACUCUUACAGCACACGUACACAGCACAACAGUACACAACACAACUCAGCAACUCUUACAGCCCACGUACACAACACAACUCUUAUAGCACACGUACACAGCACAAUCUUACAGCACACGAACACAGCACAACUCUUACAGCACACGUAUACAGCACAACUCUUACAGCACACGUACACAGCACAACUCUUACACCACACGAACACAGCACAACUCUUACAGCACACGAACACAGCACAACUCUUACAGCUCACGAACACAACACAACUUUUACAGCACAGUACCAGGGGAUCACUAUCCACCUGGGUAACUCCACACUCAACGUGUUAAAUGCCCAUGCUCCCUUAGAUCAGCUUCAAUAUAUAGAUCUCCCAGACUUUGUACACAUUGAAUCCACUGUCGUAAUUGGUGAACUGAAUACUAUGCACAAGAAAUUAGGUUCCCUUGCUGCUGCCAGGGAACGUGUUAUCGAACUCAGACAAAAUGCCUGGGAAACAUAUGGGAAAGGUAUGAUCACAUGGGAAAGGACUCGAGAACUCCUUGGUGCUAAGUCUAUAGAGAGAAGUAAUCUCAUUAACUUUAUGCCGGGUAAACAGCACGACGAGUGUGAUGUUCCAUAUACUGAGUGGGAACUUGACGCCACCCUCGCCAGCGGUAGGUCUACUGCCCCUGGAGAGGAUGUAGUCACCUACCAUAUCGUUAAACUACUAAGCCUCUACAACUCUCCCAAGCUCAGCCCUACAACUCUCCCGGCCAACCCUCACAACUCUCCCAGUCAUCCUACAACUCUCCCAGUCAGCCCAACAACUCCUGCUCAGCCCCUACAACCCCUCCUGCUCAGCCCUACAACUCUCCUGCUCAGCCCUACAACUCUCCCUGCUCAGCCCUACAACUCUCCCUGCUUAGCUCCUACAACCUCCCCAAGCUCAGCCUACAACUCUCCUCCCAGUCCGCCCUACAACUCUCCCAGUCAGUCUCUACAACUCUCCCAAGCUCAGCUCCCACAACUCUCCUGCUCAGCCCUACAACUCCUCCUGCUCAGCUCCUACAACCUCCCGCUCAGCCCCUACAACUCUCCCGCUCAGCCCUACAACUCUCCCAGUCCGCCCUACAACUCUCCCAGUCAGUCCUACAACUCUCCCGCUCAGCCCUACAACUCUCCCCUGCUCAGCCUCUACAACUCUCCCGCUCAGCCCUACAACUCUCUCCCAAGCUCAGCCUACAACUCUCCCAGUCAGUCCUACAACUCUCCCGCUCAGCCCUACAACUCUCCCAAGCCCAGCCCUACAACUCUCCUGCUUAGCCCUACAACUCUCCCGCUCAGCCCUACAACCUCCUUCUGCUCAGCCCUACAAUCCUCACACGCUCAGCCCUACAACUUCCUGCCUCAGCCCUACAACUCUCCUGCUCAGCCCUACAACCUCCGGCUCAGCUCCUACAACCUCCCGCUCAGCCCUACAACUCUCCUGCUCGGCUCCUACAACUCUCCUGCUCAGCUCCUACAACCUCCUGCUCAGCCCUACAACCUCCCGCUCAGCCCUACAACUCUCUCGCUAACUCGGCCCUACAACUAUCCUGCUCAGCCCCUACAACUCUCCUACUCAGCUCCUACAACUCCUGCUCAGCUCCUACAACUCUCCUGCUCAGCCCUCUACAACUCUCCCGCUAAGCCCUACAACUCUCCUGUUCGGCCCUACAACCUCCUGCUCAGCCCUACAACUCUCCUGCUCAGCUCCUACAACUCUCCUGCUCAGCUUCCCUACAAUUCUCCCAAGCUCAGCUCCCACAACUCCCGCUCAGCCUCCUACAACUCUCCUGCUCAGCCCUACAACUCUCCCUGCUCAGCUCCUACAACUCUCCUGCUCAGUCCUACAACUCUCCCGCUCAGCCCUACAACCCCUCCCUGGGCUAAGCUCCCACAACUCUCCCGCUCGGCCCUACAACUCUCCCGCCAGCCUCUACAACUCUCCUGCUCAGCCCCUACAAAUCCUCCCGCCUGCCCUACAACCUCCUGCUCAGCUCCUACAACCUCCCGCUCAGCCCUACAACUCUUCCGUCUAAAUUCCUACAACUCUCCUGCUCAGCCUCCUACAACCUCCCAAGCCUGGGGGCCCUACAACCUCACGCUCAGCUCCCUACAACCUCCCUGCUCAGCUCUGCCAACUCUCCCCUGCUCAGCCCUUGCCAACUCUCCUCAAGCUCAGCUCCUUACAACUCUCCUGCUCAGCUCCUUGCCAACUCCCAAGCUCAGCCCUACAACUCUUCCGCUCAGCUCCCUACAGCUCUCCCGCUCAGCCCCUACAACCCCUCCCGCUCAGCCCCAACUCUCACGCUCAGCCCUACAACUCUCCUGCUCAAUCCUACAACUUCCCGCUCAGCCCUACAACUCUCCCGCUCAGCCCCACAAUCCUCCUGCUCAGCUCCUACAACUCUCCUGCCUCAGCCUCUACAACUCUCCCUGCUCAGCCCUACAACUCUCACGCUCAGCCCUACAACUCCUCCCCUGCCUGCCCUCUACAACUCUCCUCUGCUCAGCCCUCCUACAACUCUCCCUGCUCAGCCCUAAACCUCCCAGUCAGCCCUCCUACAACCUCCUGCUUAGCCCUACAACUCUCCCGCUCAGCUCCUGCAACUCUCCCUGCUCAGCCCUACAACCGUCCUGCUCAGCCCUACAACCUCCUGCUCAGCCUCCUACAACUGUCCUGCUCAGCUCCUACAACUCUCCCGCUCAGCCCUACAACCUCCCCAAGCUCAGCCCUACAACUCUCCCGCUCAGCCCUAAAACCUCCCAGUCAGCCCUACAACCUCCCGCUUAG